GUCAGCCCCCUCCCCCUCCCGCGCGCCCCCUCCCCUCCGGCCAAUCAGCGGCGAACAGGUCGCGCGGCGCGGGCGGGGGCGGAGGGCGCCGAGAAGAUGGCGGCCAAAGGCGGCAGGAACGGGCUGCUCGACAAGUGGAAGAUUGAUGACAAGCCAGUAAAAAUUGACAAAUGGGAUGGUUCAGCUGUGAAAAAUUCUUUGGACGAUUCUGCCAAAAAGGUUCUCCUGGAGAAGUACAAGUAUGUUGAAAAUUUCCAUUUGAUUGAUGGCCGUCUCAUCAUCUGCACAAUCUCUUGUCUCUUUGCAAUUGUAGCUUUGAUUUGGGAUUACCUGCACCCCUUUCCUGAAUCCAAACCCGUUCUCGCUUUUUGUGUUGUAUCAUAUUUUGUGAUGAUGGGAAUCCUGACCAUUUAUACCUCGUACAAAGAAAAGAGCAUUUUCCUCGUGGCUCACAGACGAGAUCCCGCGGGGAUGGACCCGGAUGACGUCUGGCAGUUGUCCUCCAGUCUCAAACGGUUUGAUGACAAAUACACCUUGAAGCUAACUUUCAUCAGCGGAAGAACCAAACAGCAGAGGGAGGCCGAGUUCACCGAAUCCAUUGCGAAAUUCUUUGAUAACAACGGAACAUUAGUCAUGGAGGCCUACGAGCCAGAGGUCUCCAAGCUGCACGAUAGUUUGGCCGUGGAGAGGAAAAUAAAAUGAUUUCAGGCACCACCUUCAUCCUGGGAUCAUGCUAAAUUAAUACCAAUAAAAUAAAACAGCAAAGAAAGUUAAUUGCCUCUGUUUUUGUCCUGAAAUCCUAUCGAUUUUGGACGAGCAGGAUUUUUAAUCUUGGACCUAAGCUUUUUGGAGCUAAUGUCUAAGCCUUGGGCUCUGUGCCUGCCGUCCUGGUCCUGUCACCUCCAGGAUGGAUGUUGGAGGACGGGUGACGCAUUGGGGACCUCCAGGAGGGAGACAGUCACUCGAUGCUGUGUUGACGUCCUCUCUUUCGCCUGGCCGUGCUUUACAAACCCAGCCCCGCGCCACGUAGCGCUGGGGCGAUUUCACCCUUCACGUUACCUUUGCAUUAAUGAAUUUUUGCGUUAGGAAUUCAGGACAAAAUCCUCUAAACCAGCUGUCCCUUCGCCAACGAGUUUUCUUUAUUUUUGUAUUUAUCCAAGCUGGGGGGGGGGGGGGGGGGAUUGUUUUAUAUAGAGGGAAAAAAACCUUUUAUGUGUUUGGGGGCGGUGGGGGAAGAUGGAUAUGCUGCUGCUGGACGUCGGGGUGCGACGCUUAUCCAUACGGCGCGUUGCAGCCCCUCGCUCCCCGGUGCAAACCGGCGUUUUCUGAGCGGAUUGCUUUCUCUUUUUCUCCUUUUUUUCCCCCAAUAAAAGGACGGAGCAGAUGUGCA